ACUCUCGUAUCUACAAAUUACAUUUUAGCAUCGGCUUUGCUUUUCGAAAUUGUGUAUUAUUCGUGUUUUUUGUAAUAUUUGUUAGAAUACAAGUGUUUUGUACAAAGCAUGCCACCGAAAUUUAAAUUUUCAGAAGGCGAGAAGGUUUUAUGCUUCCAUGGACCUCUAAUUUACGAAGCAAAAUGUUUAAAAUCCACCAUAACUAAAGAAAAACAAAUCAAAUAUUUCAUACAUUACGCUGGAUGGAACAAAAACUGGGACGAAUGGGUGCCCGAAAGCAGAGUACUGAAGUACAACGAGGCCAAUGUAGCUAGACAAAAAGAGGUGCAGAAAGCCCAUUCAGCUCAGCAAAGCAAGACCAGAAAAGUCACAAAGAAAACACCGGUAGCUAAAAGCGAAGCGGGCAAAGACAGCGACUCCAGAGCUAGCACGCCCAUCGCAGAAGUAGUCACUACUAAAGCUACCAAGAAGAAAGAGGUUAGCACCCCUUCGAGCGGACAGGAUUCCAGUUCCGAUGUGCCCAAGAAGAAACGAGGUCGUUUGGAUCCAUCCGUAGAAGCCGAGGAACAAUUUCUCAGUAAGGUCGAAGUCAAAAUCAAAAUACCCGAUGAGUUAAAACCUUGGCUGGUAGACGAUUGGGACGUAAUCACCCGACAAAGGAAAUUGUUCAAUCUACCCGCCAAGACCAACGUAGAACAAAUAUUGGACAACUAUUUGAACUACAAGAAGAAUACUAAAUCGAAUAACACGAGUAAAGAAUCUGCUACUAUAGAAAUUAUUAAAGGUAUAAAAGAAUACUUCAACGUAAUGCUGGGUACUCAGUUGCUGUACAAAUUCGAAAGGCCUCAGUACGCGGAAAUUCUCCAAUCGCACGCUGAUAAACCCAUGUCGGAGAUAUACGGAGCUAUACAUUUGUUGCGUUUGUUCGUUAAAUUGGGGGCCAUGUUGGCUUAUACGCCGUUAGACGAGCGGAGUAUCCAGUUGCUCUCUCAAAACGUGCAGGAUUUUUUGAAGUAUUUGGUGAAGAAUAGCGCGCAAUUGUUCAAUUUGCAAGACUACGGCAACGCGUCGCCUGAAUACCACAGGAAAGCUCUGUGAUACAAGGAAGAUUUGGAUUGGGAUAGUUGCGAUUAAUUGGUUUGUUUAGUAAGAUUAGAUUCGUUUAGUCCGUUUUUCGCAUUGUAUGAUUUGUUAUCUGAUAACGUGCCAUAAGAGCGGAAGAGUAGGUAACAAAUCUUUAGUUUUAUAUCUGCAUUUUUAAUGAUGAUUUUAGGGUGAUAUCCUGGACGUGUCACGUUCAUUAGAAGUUUUAAAUUGGACUGAAAUUAACUGUACUUCUAAUUUGGAGUUUUCAUAGAUUAACUGAGUAUAUUAGUCUGGCUGAUUGCAGUAUUAUGGAGUUUAAAGUAUAGAAAUGUAUACUGGAAAAUUGGCUAGUAAAUUGGUUAUUCUAAUGAUUUUAGAAAGAAAUUAAUUGCAAUUAAAUGUAGUAAUUAGACAAUUGAGCGACCAAAGUACGAUUCAAAAUUCGAAUAGUAUUUUUUUAUAUCUAAAUAGGUGAAAUCUUUCGAAUUUUGAAUCAUUAAUAAAUUUUAGUCGGAGGAAUAAUUCGAUCAUACACAUAGAAUGUUUCCUUUAAAAACUGAAACAUGUAAGAUUAAUUUUUUAUUAGUAUUUUGUUAAGUUAUUGCUUAAAAAGUUGAAUUUUGUCAUGAAUUAUUUAGUUAGAAAAUAUGCAUAAGGACUGUAAUAAAAG